UUCAUGCAUUUUUGUUUGGCAGACCCCAAGUGUGAUCUCGGUCAGGUUCACAAUUAAAGUGCGAAGUAUCUCAUGAGUACUUAUUACGUCUUUUAAUACAUGCACUUUUAUUGUUAGACUAGAUUGCAUUGCAUCGCGUUGCAUUCUCGUGUCGCAACAAUGUACAACGCAGGUUUCGAAGAUGAUUUGUAUAAAGACCGCAACAAAUCAUUUCGAAAAGCAGUUCGCGCCCCAAAGAAAAACCAACGAUAUCUAGCCAAUGACAGUGAGGAAUAUAACCUGGAAGACGCUAGCAGCAAGAAUGGAGCCGUUCAGACAGAGAUUGUUUCUUCACACAAGUCCCCGGAGACGUCAAAAUACAACUGGAAACGGUUUCUACCAUGGGCCCCAAAGACAAAAGGUUACCCCGCGAAGCAUCCUGUAGAUGACUGCGGUUUUAUUCCGCUGAUGCUGUUUUCUUGGGCGACACCAAUUAUGAAGAAAGGAUUUAAGAAACCUUUGGAGAUAAGUGACCUCGGUAAACUUCCUCGGAGUGAUUCCGCAGCCCACAAUUACAAAAGGCUUCGGAAGUUUUGGACAGAAGAAAUAAACAAUAAGGGUUUAAAAAAUGCUUCGAUCGGAAAGACAAUUUUCAGAACUGGAAGAACAAGAUUUUUUGCUGGUGCAAUUUUGUUUUUGCUGUCAUUGCUCGCUUCAUUUAUUGGACCGGCAUUUAUGAUCAACAGAAUUCUGAAGUUUGUGGAAUCAAAGACGGAUCCAAUUGAGAAAGGAGUCAUAUUGGUCGUUGCUUUAAUGAUUUGUGAAACAGCUCGAAGUUGGAUUCAAUCUUUGAGCUUCUUAAUGAAUCUUAGAACUGGUACAAAAGCGCGGGCGAUGGUGUGGACCAUAGUCUAUAACAAAGUGUCGAAGUUGAAAAACGCAGGAGACAAGUCUAUUGGAGAGUUGGUCAACAUUUGUGCUAGCGAUGCCCAAAGAGUUUUUGAAGCUUUUACUUUUGGACCUUUCUUAGUUGGUGGACCUGUUGCACUUAUUAUAGUUAUAGCAUACACAACAUACAUUUUAGGACCUUCAGCCUUGCUUGGGUGUUUUAUAUUCUUAAUCUUGUUCCCAAUACAGGCUGCUGUUGGAAAGUAUUCGGGAAAAUUCAGAGCAAAAGCUGUCCGUGUAACCGACCAAAGAGUUAAACUUAUGAACGAAGUGUUAAGUUGCAUAAAAUUGAUCAAAAUGUACGCCUGGGAAAAGUCAUUCGCUGAAGUGAUUGGAGAGAUUCGUGGUAAAGAGAAGACUGCCCUUAGUCAUUCAUCUGUUCUACAAAGUUUAAAUAUUUCCAUGACGAAUAUUGUAUCGACAUUCGCAACAGUGGUUACCUUCAUUGUUCAUGUAUAUUCUGGCAAUGACCUCUUAGCCUCACAGGCGUUCACAGUGAUUGCGGUUUUUAAUACCAUGAUUUUUGCCUUCGCAAUUUUGCCAUUUGCUAUUAAAGCUCUUGCAGAGGCAAAGGUUUCCAUGAAGAGGCUCAAGAGUUUAUUAGAAAUGGAAGAAUACGAGCCUUGGACAACAAAACCAGCAGAUAAAAAUGUUGUCGUAGAGAUAAAAUCAGCAACUUUUGGAUGGAAUGAGGUAAAACUAAAAGAACAGAAAAAAUUCACUCCUGGGGAAGAAAAACCAAGAAAAGGAAGUGUUGCUGCUAAAGGUAAACGUGACUCAACUGCAGGAAGGGGUGGCCCUCCAGGAAGACGUGGGCCCGCACCUGAAGAAUUUAAAACACAAUUGGUGAAAACUUUGUUUGACGUUAAUGUUACUUUCCACAAGGGAAAACUAAUUGGAAUAUGUGGAGGUGUUGGAAGUGGAAAAAGCUCUAUGAUCAAUGCAAUUCUUGCCCAGAUGAAUCUCGUUGACGGUAGUGUUGCGGUCGACGGCUCUAUAGCUUAUGUUGCUCAACAGGCAUGGUUAAUGAAUGCUACUGUCAAAGAGAAUAUCGUAUUUGGUGUGGCAUUCAAACCCUUACGAUAUCAAAAGGUGAUUGAAGCUUGCAGUUUAAAACAAGAUCUUGAUAUAUUUGCACAUGGCGACCAAACAGAGAUUGGUGAACGAGGAAUCAACCUAAGUGGGGGACAAAAACAGAGAAUCAGUUUGGCCAGAGCGGUGUACGCGGACAAGGAUAUUUACCUACUCGACGAUCCACUGAGUGCCGUGGACAGCCAUGUUGGGCAACAUAUUUUUAACAAUUGUAUUAAAGGCGCACUAGCUGACAAAACAAUUAUCUUUGUAACUCAUCAACUACAGUAUCUCAGUCAUUGUGAUAAAGUCAUCCUCCUGAAAGACGGUCGAAUUACUGAGAUGGGUCCAUACGAGAAGCUUUUGCAAGAUGGAAAGGAAUUUUCGGGGUUAGUUCAGAGUUAUAAUCAAACGUUGGAGGCAGAAGAGAACGAGGAUUAUGUCGAUGAUGACGAAGAUACAAGCAAAAUUCUUGAACAAAUUGUAAGAAAGAGAACUUUGUCUGCUCAAAGCAUUGGCGAUUGUCAGCCAAGUAUAGCAGAAGAAAUGGAAGAAAUAAAUGAAGAACCUAAAAUGAAUGGAGUGGAGAAAAGUAAAGAUUCCCUGAUGAAGGCAGAGGAUCGAAAAACGGGAACUGUGUCCUUUUCUACAUACGUUCGCUACUGUAAAGCAGCUGGAGGUGCUUUCGCGGUCUCUGGCGUAUUGUUGAUGUUGUUUGUCAUAACACUGUUGAAAGUCUUUACGGACUUUUGGCUUGGACGUUGGAUCAAUGAUGGAAAUGGCAACAGUACGGAAAGUGAUGAAAAUCCUGGAGAGCUAAACGACAACCCCGAUCUCAAUUUCUAUGCAGCUAUUUAUGGUUCGUCAUUGGCAGUUACUGUAGUCCUUCUCGUUUUAAAAUGUUUCGCAUAUGUUAACACCGUCUUACGCGCCUCAUCAAAUCUUCACAACCAAGUUUUUCGAGCUGUUACAAAAAGUCCAAUGGAAUUUUUCGACACGACCCCUAUUGGACAGAUCUUAAACAGAUUUUCCAAGGACAUUGACGAGAUCGACACCAGAUUACCUUUCUUAGUGGAAGCUCUAAUUCUGAACUUGUCUUUUCUAAUAGUCACCAUAAUCUUGCUCGUUGUUCUAUUCUACUGGUUCCUAAUAGCCCUGGUUUUCUUCAUUGCCCUAUUCAUCUUCCUAAACAUAGUUUUUCGCCGUUCGGUUCGCGAAUUAAAACGCCUGGAUAACAUAUCAAGGUCUCCAAUCUUCUCCCACAUUUCCGCCUCCGUGCAGGGACUUUCCACCCUACACGCCUACGGGAAAACCGAUGAAUUUUUGGAAAUGUUUGAGAAAUUACUGGAUAAAAACACUUUGCCAUUUUUUAUAUUCAUGUGCUCUCACCGAUGGUUGGCUGUCCGACUUGAUGUGAUCACAAUUGGUAUUACAACGGUUACAUCACUACUUGUCGUUCUACUACGAGACAGUAUUCCGGCUGCAAUGGGUGGACUAGCUAUUACCUAUGCUAUACGAAUGUCGGGACUCUUGCAGUUCACAGUUCGUCUUUCAGCCGAGACCGAGGCAAUAUUUACAAGUGUUGAACGUCUUGUACAUUAUAUUGAUAAUCUCAAGCAAGAAGCUCCCAGUUCAGUUCCUGACAAGAAACCCGCAGAUGACUGGCCUGACAAAGGAGGUUUAUCUAUACUGGGUUUAAAGAUGCGAUACAGAGAAAAUUUACCGUUAGUCCUAAAAGGCAUCACGUGUAAUAUCAAACCUAAAGAAAAAAUAGGCAUUGUAGGCAGAACUGGUUCGGGUAAAUCUUCUAUUGGAGUAUCUCUUUUCCGACUUGUAGAACCUUCAGGUGGAAAAAUAACUAUUGAUGGAGUGAACAUUCUAAAUAUUGGACUUGACGAUCUUCGAACAAAAUUAUCGAUAAUUCCACAAGACCCAAUUUUGUUCAUUGGAACCGUCAGAUAUAACUUGGAUCCUUUUCACACACAUACAGACGAAGAAGUAUGGAUUGCUUUGGAACGAGCACAUCUAAAAGAUACUAUCAGUAAUUUACCGUUGAAAUUGCAAGGACCUGUUGUUGAAAAUGGAGAAAAUUUCUCUGUUGGCGAAAGACAACUGAUGUGCAUGGCCAGAGCUUUGUUGAGAAAUUGUAAGAUCCUUAUGCUUGAUGAAGCUACUGCUGCAAUCGAUGCAGAAACUGAUGCAAAAAUCCAGGAUACGAUACGUGAAGCAUUUAAAGAUUGCACAAUGUUAACGAUAGCUCAUCGUCUCAAUACUGUGAUGGAUUCUGACAAGAUUAUGGUCAUGGAACAAGGACAAAUUGUCGAAUUCGACAAACCAUCUGCACUUCUGGCAAACAAAAGCUCACUGUUUAGUUCUCUUGUUGCCGCAACAGAAAAGCUGCAUCAGAGCAAGGACAGCUAGAUAUUGUCAUAUAAGGAUUAAGGA